AUGAGUUUGACACACCCAAGUGAUACUAGAUGGGGCUCACAUCUAAAGACAAUUACUCGCUUUAUUAGUAUGUUUAAUGCGAUCAUAAAUGUUCUUGAGAAUAUAUCAGAAGACGACAUAAGUUUAGAGCUAAAAUCAAUGGCCAUAAGACAGAUGGACACUAUGCAAGAUUUUCAAUUAGUGUUCAGUCUCUAUUUUAUGUUUGAAAUUCUUGCAAUUACAUACGACCUUUCACUAGCCUUACAGAAAAAGGAUCGGGAUAUUCAGAAUGCUACGAGGUUAUUGAAGUUGUGUAAGUACGCAUUGCAGAACAUGAGAGACAAUGGUUGUGAUACUUUGUUGAGUAAGGUAAUUGAAUUUUGUGUUGAUAGACAUAUUUCAGUGCCCAAUAUGGAUGAUAUUGUAGUAUUGAAAGAUUCAAUCCUACAAGAGUUGAAUGAUCGUUUUCCAGAAACAACUACUGAGCUUUUUACUUGCAUUUUGU